AUAUGGCUGUCAGUAUAAAUUUGAUGCUUGUAACAUGCGUUUCUCUCCGAAAAAUUUGACAAAUAGUCCGUCUAUCAGUCGACUUUCUCAAAAUAUACAGCGUAAUGUGAUUUUUGAGGAAUUAAUACAGUGGGAAACGGCUAUGCGGGUGAGCUGAAGAAUAACGGAUAGACACAUUAUUUUCUAAAAUCAGGUACUCGCAUUUGUUUCUAAUUAGCGCCACUUGCAAACAUGACAUCAAGGUUGGAUCGAUUGUUCAUAUUAUUGGAAACAGGAACAAAUGCAGUAACGAAAAAGGCUGCAGCACAACAACUAGGAGAAGCACAGAAAUUACAUCCCCAUGAUUUACAUCAUUUACUAGCUAGAGUUUCUACUCUGUUAAAAUCUCCACAAUGGGAUACAAGAGUUUCUGCUGCACAAGCUGUACAAGCUAUAUUAGCACAAGUUCCUGCUUGGGAUCCACAACCAAUAAAAAAAGAUCAAGAAGAUGGAGAAACGAAAAAAUAUAUACCAAAUAAUAGAUUAAAAUUGGAAGAUUUUGAUAUGGAAAAGGUCUUGGCACGUAGUUCGCACCUCACUGGAUCAGAAGGCAGUGAAUACGAUUUAGUUAGCAUUGAUGGAGACCAAGUAUCGAUUCCUAACCAAGAGGAGAAGCUAAUCGCUGCUAAAUUGGGUUUGCAUCCUCAGUUGAUGGGUGUCGAUGCAUCAGAAUUAUUUACUGCUGAGGAUCUUUCACCAGUAGUGUUACCACCUACUUCAAGUGCACAAAUUAAGGUGUCUGUAGGUGAAACUUUAAAACAACCUAGUGGAGGACUCAGUAGGAGAGAAAUAAACAGAGCUAGACGUAAGGCACGGCAAUCAGUUUCAAAGCAACGUUCUCGAGAACCAGACGAUCAUCGCAGCAAUGAAGAUCACCACAAUAAUUCAAACGCUCAAUCCCCUACUAACAGUACAGGAGAGUCAAUGUGUAAAAAAGUAAAAUUAGAAGAACUAAUCUCAGCAGAAACAAACGUACCUAACAGUAAUGUACAGACUGAAUCAAAUAACGGAGUACCAGACAGUACUGGUUGUUGGCCAGAUUCUGCUAUAGACUGGCCUCUAGAACCAUUCGCUGAGAGUCUUCGUCAAGACUUGUUUAGUCAAAAGUGGGAAGUGAGGCAUGGAGCUGCGACUGCUUUACGAGAACUUGUAAAACUUCAUGGAAAAGGUGCAGGUAAAUCAAGAGCACAGACUAUGGAAGAAAUGGAAGAAUGUCAUCAUCAGUGGAUUAUAGAUGCAGCGCUACGACUAUUAUGUGUCUUAGGAUUAGAUCGCUUUGGUGAUUUUGUCUCUGAUCAAGUCGUUGCUCCUGUACGCGAAACAUGUGCUCAAGCACUAGGUUCCCUCUUGUUGUUAGUGCAAAAUCAAAAAGACAGUGAAAAUAAAAAUAAGGAUAUCAUAGGAAUCAUAUCAGUUAUGUUGAAACUUCUGGAGCAUGAUGAAUGGGAAGCAAGGCACGGUGCAUUGCUUGCAUUGAAAUAUUUGCUUGCUGUACGAGAUGAUCUGUUGGAUGACAUAUUACCAAGGAUUUUUGCAGCCACCAUGAAAGGUCUUUCUGAUCCAGUUGAUGAUGUAGGAGCUGCUGCAGCCAGUGCACUUAUACCAGUUGCAUCUGUUCUCCCUCGAUUGUUAGAACCAUCAAAAUUAGAAGCUAUUGUAACUCGUUUAUGGGAACUUCUGCGCGAACAAGAUGAUCUAGCUGCGGCAUGUAAUAGUUUUAUGGGACUGUUAGCUGCUAUACUUUCACUACCUACCGCACGUGCUUACCUUACACCUCAACCAUUAUCACAGGUUCUACCACGAUUAUGGCCAUUCCUCAGUCAUUCUAGUUCAAGCGUACGCAAAGCCACUUUGCAAACUUUGGAAACAUUGACCGGGGAUGACGGGGCUGAAAAUAUGGACAAGAAGGAGUUAUGGGGCGAAGGAGGGGGACUCGUGUUGCAAGAUGCUCUCCGCCAUGUCUUUCAACGUGUACUGAUCGAGCAUAUAACUGCCAUACAAGAUGUAACUGAACGUGUUUGGGAGAAUCUAGUCGUUCAAAGCGAUCUCGAAUUGUUACUGCACGCAGCAUGUCCUCUUGUCAGCACAUGGCUCUGUCUUGCUAUGCAACCAGAACACGUGCCGUUCAAUCCAAACUUAUUGAUGACAAUAAGUUCGCCUAAUAAAGGAACUAAGAGCAAUCAGUUUGUUGGCACUUGCGAUGGGCAAACGGAUGCUAAUGGAGGAAACAAUGCCGCACCUGGAAACGUGAAGUCGAUGUCCGAAUUAAAAGUUUACAUCGGCGGGAUCGAAACCGUGGCUCAGACUAUAAGAAAGUCAAACGUAAUACCGGCUCGUUGUAGAGCUGCACGUAUGUUAGGAUUGUUGUCGCAUUACGUAGUGCAACCAGCCCCAGGUGUCACUUACACACCAGAUAUACCUAGUCCAGCACUUUGUUACGCUAAAGUAUUACUGGCACACCUCAAUUCGCGCUCAGCGUUGCAACGCACCAUUGCUGGCUUAACAAUGUCCCAUUGGGCGACUGUAAAUAAUAAACCACCUGCGAUACCAGAUAUACUCAGGGACAAGCUCUUGGGGUGUUUAAACGAAUGUGUGUACUAUGAUGAGAUUGCCGCAUCUUUCACGCGAUUAUUACACGACAGCCGUGAUUACAUUGCGACUCUCAAACAUUAUAAAUUACCCGUACCUGUCGAAACAGAUGCAUCGGGAGUAAUGACGCUUGAUCAAAUCGCGAAUCUCGUUGCGAAACCAAUUACAGACCUUUGUGCCAUGAGCAAUACUACAGGAGGACCAAGUGGAAAUAUUGGUGGUAGUCCCAGCACGAUUAAGUUAAAGCCAAAGGUGAUAGAGACCUUGAAAGAAAGACGAAAAGCUUUGGAAAUAGGUGCUAAUGACACUGCAGCGCAACAGCUGGCUUACAAUGUUAUGUCGAUGUCAGCACUGGCUGGUGCUGCUACGAUGUUGCAUUGCUUACCUGCUUCUCCGUUGCCUCUUAAUCCAUUAGUGAAACCAUUAAUGGAAGCUAUUAAGCGUGAAGAAAAUGAAGAGUUGCAGAAACUGGCUGCAAAACAUUUAUCGUAUCUGGUUGAACUUUGUCUAGAUAGGAAACCAUCUCCUAAUGCAAAGAUAUCGACCAAUUUAUGUACAUUCCUAUGCUCGGAUAGUGAAUUUACGCCUCGUGUAAAUUGUGAAACGGAUACGGACCUUUUUGACGGAAUUCUUACUUUAAGUAAUAGACAGAAACAUGCGGAGAGAGUAGCUUAUAAUCGAGGAGCUAACAGUGGACUUGGCGGAGGAAGAGGACCAGGUCGGCCACCUAAUACUGAAAUUCCGUUGGAAGAAUUACUUGCUUGUGAAGAACCUGAAGCUAAAGCAGCUAGGACACGUCGUCGUGGAGCAACUUUGGCACUAACUGCUAUAGCAACUCAUUUCGGUGAUCAAUUGCCAAUUCGACUACCAUAUUUGUGGGAAUUAAUUCUUCCAAACGUAAUAAGAGAAGAACAAAAGGUCACUGGACAUGAAAAUUCUCAAGAAGAAGUGAAUCAAUUGAUAUUUGGUUUACAAGUUUUGGAAAUUAUGACUCCAAGUCUCAAUAAUGCUCUACUUCCACCAGUUCUAGAAUGCCUUCCAUGUUUGUGUAAACUGUUAGCUCAUCCAUAUAAAGCUGUUAGGCAUAUGUCAUCAAGGUGUUUGUCUGUGUUAGCUACAUUAGAUACAGAAAAGGUAAUAGUACACAUUACACGUACAGUAAUACCACUGUUAGAAGCUACCGGAGGAGAGAAAUUGUAUUCAACGACUGUAACAACUCCGCGUGAAGUAGAUUCGAUAAGGCAAGGAGCAGCCGAAGCAUUAACUUGCCUCGUUGAAAAUUUAGGUGUCAAUAUUGUACCAUAUGCUGUGCUUUUUAUGGUCCCCUUACUUGGACGUAUGAGUGAUCAAAAUCAAGCUGUAAGGCUAGCUUGCAGUGCCACCUUUGCUACACUUGUUCAGCUCCUACCUCUUGAUCCUGGCGCGAUAGCUGAUCCUCCAGAUUUAGUGGAGAAAAAAGCACAGGAGCGACGGUUUUUGGAACAAUUGUUAAAUCCACGCAGUAUUCCAGAUACAGAACUACCAAUUCCAGUUGCUGCCGAAUUGCGUUCUUAUCAACGGCAAGGUCUCAACUGGUUAAACUUCUUAAACCGAUAUCGACUCCAUGGCGUCCUGUGCGACGACAUGGGCCUUGGAAAAACGUUACAAACGCUUUGCAUAUUAGCAUUAGAUCACCACCGUAAUCCACAUGCUCCACCAAGUCUGGUAGUAUGCCCGCCUACCCUAACAGGUCAUUGGGUGUACGAAGCAGAAAAAUUUUUCGAAUCAAAGGACUUGUCAGUUUUACAGUUUGCUGGUACGCCACCUGAUCGCGACAAAUUAAGACCGAAAGUCACGUACCAUAGACUAGUAGUUGCGAGUUAUGACAUAGUACGUAAGGACAUUGAUUAUUUUGAGAUGCGUCAAUGGAAUUACUGUGUGCUUGACGAAGGUCAUGUUAUUAAAAAUGGAAAGACAAAAAGUGCUAAAGCAACGAAACGACUACACGCCAACCAUAGACUUAUACUAUCGGGAACUCCAGUUCAAAACGACGUUCUCGAACUGUGGUCCUUAUUUGAUUUUCUAAUGCCAGGUUUUCUGGGCACAGAAAAACAGUUUGCAGCAAAGUAUUCGCGUCCUAUUUUAGCUUGUAGGGAACCAAAAGCCGGGCCCAAAGAACAAGAAGCAGGCGCUUUGGCUAUGGAAGCAUUGCACAGACAGGUACUGCCAUUUUUAUUGAGGCGAAAUAAAGAAGAUGUCCUCCAAGAUUUGCCACCUAAGAUUACUCAAGAUUACUAUUGUGAUCUAUCACCCCUGCAACGAACGUUGUACGAAGAUUUCCGCAGCAGACAUUCCGCUACUCUAUUGUCUGCCACAUCGGGUACUUCAUCUGCAAGUGAUCCUCAAGGUGGUCAUGUGUUUGAGGCAUUGAGAUAUCUACGCAAUGUUUGCAAUCAUCCUAAACUAGUUUUAAAUCCACGGCAUCCACUGCAUCAGGCGGUUCUCAAUUCGCUGAAGCAACAAAAAAGCACGUUGGCCGAAAUAGAGCAUGGAGCUAAAUUGCCGGCACUGAAGCAACUGCUGUUGGAUUGUGGGAUUGGACAACCACAACAAAAUCGUAAUUGUGUAUCCACUGGAAAUCCGCCAGAGAAUCAGUCGCCGCAGCAUCAGCAAUUAGUCAGUCAGCACCGAGCUUUAAUCUUUUGUCAGUUGAAGGCAAUGUUGGAUAUUGUGGAGAAAGAUCUUCUUCGCACGCAUCUGCCAACCGUUACGUACCUCCGCCUUGAUGGUAGUGUACCAGCGACCCAAAGACAUUCUGUAGUGGCGCGAUUUAAUGCUGAUCCGUCGAUCGAUGUGCUUUUACUGACUACUCAAGUCGGAGGGCUCGGAUUGAAUUUAACCGGUGCGGAUACUGUCAUAUUCGUGGAGCACGACUGGAAUCCCAUGAAGGAUCUUCAAGCGAUGGAUCGAGCACAUCGCAUUGGACAAAAGAAAGUAGUUAACGUUUACAGGCUUAUUACAAGGUCUACGGUGGAGGAGAAGAUUAUGGGCCUUCAAAAGUUCAAACUUCUCACGGCAAAUACCGUCAUCUCGCCAGAGAAUGCUUCUUUGGAAACAAUGGCUACUGACCAGUUGUUGGAUUUGUUUUCACUGGAAAACAACAAAGGAAAAAGGCCAGACAAACAAGGAGAAACCGCGUCUAAAAUCACUGGCGUGCCCGGUGUUAGUCGUUCAAUUUUAGAUAUCCUUCCUGAAUUAUGGGAACAACAGCAGUAUGAUGACGAAUAUGAUUUCGAUACAUUUCUAUCCACAUUAAAGGCUGAUAACCAGUGAGCUUUUCAUUUCAAACAAUUUGUAUCAUCAAACACAUAAUAAUCCAACAAAGUUGUCCGCAUAUCUAAGCGCUAAGUAUAACGAAGAGCAAGAACGAUAACAAAACAGACGACUCCCCCCCUACACCCUAAUUUUAUGGACUGAAAACAAUAAAUAUUCUUUUAUUAGGAAAACCAUGUAAGAAAUACUUCUUAAGAAAAAGGAAACUCGCAGUAAAUAAGUCGCUAAUUGAUUAUGUACUAUAAGUAAGCGAGUCUUGUUUAUUUAUAAUAACUUAUAAAAACGUCGAUACAAUUACAAUUCCGUAUUUGUACCAAAUAACACCAGGGUGCAUGUUUAUUUAUAUAUUGUAA